AAAAGAUCAAGGUCUGUCCACUCGUCAUGCUCUCGCCAGUCUGUCGGAUAUAGCAAGCUGAUUCGCUCGACAAUUCAUCUCUCGUUCAUCCGCAUUUGUCGUCUGUCACGGAUCCUUCACACAAAUCAACCUGUCAAUCAAUCUUUGAACGAGAUCAGAUGGUCAAGAUCUACAAGCCCGGCAAGGUCGCCGUCGUCCUCUCUGGACGACAAGCUGGAAAGAAGGUCGUCGUCAUCAAGCAGGUCGACGAGGGUACCAAGGACAGGCCUUACCCUCACGCCAUUGUUGCCGGAAUCGAGAAGUACCCCCUGAAGGUGACCAAGUCGAUGGGUGCUAAGCGAAUUGCCAGGCGAUCGAAGAUCAAGCCCUUCAUCAAGACUGUCAACUACGCCCACCUGCUCCCUACCCGAUACGCUCUCGAGCUCGAGAGCUUGAAGGGAUCCGUCUCGUCGGAGACUUUCAAGGAGCCCACUCAGAGGGAGGACGCCAAGAAGGCCAUCAAGAAGCACUUCGAGGAGCGAUACGCCCGAGGAGCCAACAGGUGGUUCUUCACCAAGCUCAGGUUCUAAACGUGUCGCAUACAUGUAAUAUGCGAUGGUCUUGGGAUCCGAGAGUGGGACGAGGGAAGCAUAUGGGAAAUGGGGGGAGAUUUGAGGGGAUUGUACGCGACCCGCCAACACCUAUUUUUCAGCCCUUUUCUUUCCCGUCGGUGAACGACUCGGACUUGUUUUGCCUGAUGUCCCACACUAUUCGCUUUCCGAUUGUUGUCUUGCUUUUGAGGUUGUGCUUGAGAGUGAAAUAUGUCGGCCGGGUCCUCUCUUCACAGGCCAUGGAUGUGAUACGAGUGACAUGUUUUGCUUCCGAAGAUCGAUGGAUGACCCCGC